CUACUCAGAGAGUCAUAUAUAUAGCCCCCAUCACACUCUCUAUUUCUCACAAACCAAUCCACACAUCCAAAUCCACUAUUUCACAAUAUCCUCUCUUCUCUCUCAUUUCAAAAUGUAUUCGUUAGUGUUUAAACUCUUUCUAUUUUUGUCUCUUCUCCAAAUCUGUCUCUCUGCUAGGAACCUAGCAUCAGAAGAACCAAACCAGUUUAAACUAUUAAAGUAUCACAAAGGAGCUCUUCUCUCCGGCAAGAUCUCCGUUAACCUAAUCUGGUACGGCAAAUUCAAACCUUCGCAACGAGCAAUCAUCUCCGACUUCAUCACCUCUCUCACACACACUUCUCCAACGUCCAAAACUCUCCACCAACCAUCCGUCGUCACGUGGUGGAAAACUACAGAAAAAUACUACAAGCUCGCCGCGUCUGCUAAAAGCUCAUCUCCUUCUCUCACUCUCACUCUCGGGAAACAAAUCCUCGACGAGUCUUGCUCACUUGGUAAAUCUUUAACCGAUGGAGACAUACGUAAGCUAGCUUCAAAAGGUGACCAACGUGACGCAGUCAACGUCGUUUUGACUUCAGCUGACGUGGCCGUACAAGGAUUUGGUAUGAGUCGAUGUGGGACUCAUGGACACGCUCGUGGUUUAGGUAAACGUGGCUCCAAGUUUGCUUACAUUUGGGUUGGUAACUCCGAGACACAAUGUCCAGGACAAUGUGCGUGGCCAUUCCACUCGCCGGUGUAUGGACCACAGAGUCCGCCACUUGUGGCACCAAACAAUGACGUGGGACUUGAUGGUAUGGUUAUUAACUUGGCUAGUCUUUUAGCUGGAACCGCAACGAACCCUUUUGGUAAUGGUUAUUACCAAGGUCCACAAAACGCACCGCUUGAAGCUGCGUCUGCUUGUCCUGGCGUUUAUGGUAAAGGUGCUUAUCCUGGUUACGCUGGAGAUUUGCUCGUGGAUACUACAACGGGAGGUAGUUUUAAUGCGUAUGGUGCAAACGGCAGGAAGUUUUUGCUUCCUGCUUUGUAUGAUCCCACGUCGUCGACUUGCUCCACUAUGGUCUGAGAAUUAAAAGGAUCCAAUGUUUGGUCUUUUGGUAGUAGAAAAUAAUAUUCUAGUGUAAUUCUUUUUUAUUUAUUGUUUUGGUUACCAAUUCUAGUGUAAUUCAAUUUAUUCAUUAAUAUCAUUAUCAUUUUUCCCUUA